GUUACAAGCUUCCCAAUAGGCAAGAUGUUACGUAAAGUGCGACUGCAUAUUCAUGGGAGCCGCUUUCAUGACGCGCUUUCAAACAGUCCCCUGACUGUUAUCUACCAGUGCAUCGGCAACGUGAAGGCGGCCCAGCUUGAAGACUCGCUGCGAGCAGAGGCAUCAGCAACCGAACAUGGCCAGAAAGCUGUGCCAAUUAGCUUUCGUGUGAAGAAUAGCCUGGCAUCAGCCACAGGCCGGCUAGACAUCUCUGAUUACCUGCAAGCAACCAAUGUGCUGGUUGGAUGGGAUCUCAACAGUUCUGGCUCAGCAGCUCCGGGCACCGCAUCCACAUCCGGAUCCGCGAGCGCCGCUCGGCGCGUUUUUAGAGAGUCUGAUCGACUGGCGAAGCUCGUAGCUGAGGCGUCCGCAGCAGCCUCCCGACAGGAAGCGCGCCGGCAGCCGCCCCAACGAAUCCUCUCCGUCUUGAUUAAGGCCAGCCUUGGCCUCGCAAGCAAGUACCCCGUCGUGCCCCUGGCCGGCUUUUUCCACGGACAGCGGAUCCGGCUUGCGGACCUGACACGUUGGGGAGAGCUCGACGACGCAACCGUGUACGGCGAGCUGCUCAGCCAACUAGACGCCGUACCGUACGGCUUGAUACGGAGCUUACGGGUUGGUGACAUGGGCAUCAGCGACUUGCUCGAUGCACAGACCGCACCCUUGUUAUCGUGCUUGGAAGCACGGAAAGCUGACAGCAGCGCCACUCCUUCAGGUGUUGGUGCGGCCGCAGCGGUGGUGCUGCUACCGUUGCUGUUUCUCGUUGUGCCGCUACUGCGGUGGCGGCUACAGCUGCAACCACUGUGGGGAAACAGCUGUGGCCCUCAGUGGGCAUCUGCCACCGGCCUGCCGCUGGUCGAGCCCGGCGCGGAGGUGUCUGCGAUUGAGGGAGAGCGGGUGGCGAGGGGGAUAGUAAUCGCAAGGCCGUGGGAGAAGGUGGCCGGGAAACUGUCACGUACGAUAAAAAUUGCCGCACGCCAAGCAACGAAAGAAGCACCAACCCAGAGCAGCUCUCAGUCCUCUUGCUAA